UUUGGAAAAGAACACUCCUCUCCUGCAUAUGAAAUGGCAUAGAGUACUUUAAAACUACAUUUCUUUGAACUGUAUGAGUUCCCUUCAAUCUAUGCACUUAUACAAUGGCUUCAGAACAUGAUAAAGCAGUUCUUUGGUCGAUCUUCAAUCCUACAGCCCCAUUUGGAGACAUUCCUGGUUUAAAUGAGGAGAAAGAGCUUACAGAUGAUGACUCUUUCUUUGACCCUAAUCUGCUAGAGAAGGUGAAGAAUCUGGAGAUAAGGGGAGUUUCUGCUGCUGAGUCUGGAGAUUUGAAGACAGCCUUGAUUCAUUUUGAUCAGGCCAUCCAGAUACUUCCAAAGAGAGCCUCAGCCUACAACAACCGUGCCCAGGUCAAACGUCUACUGGGAGACACUGAAAGUGCAAUUGAGGACUUGGAACAUGCCAUUGUACUGAGUAAGGGCAGAGGCCGCACAGCCUGCCAGGCUCUUGUACAGCGCGGCCUAUUAUUCAGACUGGCACACAGGGAUGAUGAUGCCAGGGCCGACUUUGAGCGGGCAGCAGCAUUGGGUAGCAUGUUUGCUAAACAGCAGGCUAUAAUUCUGAAUCCGUAUGCAGCUCUAUGCAACCGCAUGCUUUCUGAAGUCAUCGGCAAUCUACGCAACCCAAAGGUGCCAGAAAAACAGUAGAGAUGGCGUGACAGACCCCACAAAGUGUAUUUAAAUGUAAGCUUAUCUCUCUUGUAAGAGAUGUAAUAAAGGUCAUUUGGUUAUCAGGA